UUUCGGUUUCAGUUUCGUUUUCAACGUGCCCGCGAAAAGACGCAAAAAAUUAAAAGCUAACACUCUCAGCUACUACCAGUUGGUCAUAUCCUACGCUGAUUUUUAAAAACACACAAAAAAAAAUUCCCCCCACCUUUUGAUACUCCAAAGAGAACCACCGAAAUCCAGCCAAGAUGUCGCACUCCGUGACCAUUACACGCACCACCACCAGCACCACCAACACCUCCUAUAUUGUCCUGAACACUGGCUACCUGAAGACCUUCCCUGGCAUCCUUAAGCUGUUCGAGCUGAUCAUUGGUGCGGCCAUCGUGGGUAUUUUGGCGUACAACUAUCAGGGAUAUCGCCAUUAUUACAGUUCCGGACAGCAGGAUCUGUUCCAUUAUCUGAUGGCCACCACUUUUAUGAUAGGGACCUUUUGUCUCCUACUCGCCUGUCUCACGUCGCUGAGUACGGGUGGAAUUAUAGCAAAGACGAUCUAUGAGCUGAUCUAUCACAGCGUGGCCGCAAUCUUGUAUCUGGCUUCCUCCACCUGCCUGCUGAUCCGGUUGCGUGACGUCAAACACGAUGCUUAUAUGGUGGCCGGUGUCCUGGGCCUGGUUAAUGCCGUUCUCUACUUCAUCAGUGCCUUCCUGGCCCACCGGUCCUACCGCGGCAUCUAGGCCAUCUAAGGCAUCCAAUACCCACCGCCCACUCGGAAUCUCCCAGCCCCUCAGCGAGUGUUCAAGUGAAAUCUGCAAUCUCGAAGCAUUUGCCCUUCCAUCUUAUGUCCAUAUAAGCAUCCACCCGCACCGAUCGGGAGCCAUAACGCAGAGGAUUCUGGAGCCAGCAGCCAUGAUCGAGGGGGACAGAUGCACAAAAAGUGGCAGCCAAGGGGAGGAAUCUUUGUUGUACUGUGAAAUGUUUUUUGGCGGUAGUUACCCUUACUCUUACUUAUACACUGAUAUAUACACCUUUUUUUGUCUCACUUUAUUUUAUACCGAACAGAUUGUCAUGUAUUUCGAAUAAAGAUGUGUGUCUAUAUGUUUUUCUAUAA